AUGGAGCGUAAAAUAAACAGAAGAGAAAAAGAAAAGGAGUAUGAAGGGAAACACAACAGCUUGGAAGAUGCUGACCAAGGAAAGAACUGCAAAUCCACACUGAUGACCCUCAACGUUGGUGGAUAUUUAUACAUUACUCAAAAACAAACACUGACCAAGUACCCAGACACUUUCCUUGAAGGUAUAGUAAAUGGAAAAAUCCUCUGCCCGUUUGAUGCUGAUGGGCAUUAUUUCAUAGACAGGGAUGGACUCCUCUUCAGGCAUGUCCUGAACUUCCUACGAAAUGGAGAACUUCUACUGCCCGAAGGCUUUCGAGAAAAUCAACUUCUUGCACAAGAAGCAGAAUUCUUUCAGCUCAAGGGACUGGCGGAGGAAGUGAAAGCCAGGUGGGAAAAAGAACAGCUAACACCCAGAGAGACUACUUUCUUGGAAAUAACAGAUAACCAUGAUCGCUCCCAAGGACUGAGAAUUUUCUGUAAUGCUCCUGAUUUCAUAUCAAAAAUAAAAUCUCGCAUUGUUCUGGUGUCCAAAAGCAGGCUGGAUGGAUUUCCAGAGGAGUUUUCAAUAUCAUCAAACAUCAUUCAAUUUAAAUACUUCAUAAAAUCUGAAAAUGGCACUCGACUUGUACUAAAGGAAGACAACACCUUUGUCUGUACCCUGGAAACUCUUAAGUUUGAAGCUAUAAUGAUGGCUUUAAAGUGUGGCUUUAGACUGCUGACCAGCCUGGAUUGUUCCAAAGGGUCAAUUGUUCACAGCGAUGCACUUCAUUUUAUCAAGUAAUUACCUGUGUCACGAACAAAGGCAACAAGCAUGCAGCCAGCAAGCUUCGGAAAACCACGGCAUCAAAGGCAUCCCAAAUAACGUGUGCCCAGUCAGCUCUGUACUCAGAGCCCUGCUGCUAAUCAAUUACUGUGAGCUAACGGUAUGUAAAUUCUAUCGCUAAAGAUGUCCUUCUCAAGGGUGUUCCUGCUGAUCAGACUCUUAUACUCAAAAUGAAAACAGUGAUGUUCUAUACAUUAUAAAUAAAGACUGAAUGCUUUUGCUAUUUGUUUAUUUCUCCGUAAACUGUCUUUCAAUCAGAAUGUCUUUGGUACUUGCACAAUGAACAAGCAUGUACAUUAUCUAUCAUUCAUUUAAGUAAAUGGUAAUACAAUAUUUCAAGGGGCUGUAAGAUUUAAAAUCCUUUCUACCAAUCUACAAAGAAACUGAACUGGUAAAAUUAAACAUUGAAAGUAAAAGAGAUGUGCAGAUGUACUAAAACAGAGCUACAGUGAAACCAAAUGUAACUGUAAGAAGGUAUUAAAGCUAUUGACUUAAUUUUAACGGCAGGCACUAAAAGCUUAUUCAUAGUUCCUGUAUUUUAUACUAGAAUUAUAGCUGAAUUGACAUAUUGCUGAACAUUCCUAGAAAACUGCUUGAUGACAAUAAAAAAUAAAUAAAAGCA